AUGAGAGGAGAGGAUGUCGAUGGUAGUAUUGACGGAGUUGGAACAGCGUCAAGCAGCGUGCUACUACACGCACGAUCCAGGAGUGGAGCAGCAGUGAUUCAGAAUGUGUACGCAGUAGAGAUGGGAGCAGCUUUGUGCUGCAGGCGACCCCGACGUGUUCAAGAUGAAAGCUCUACUGUCACGAAUGCUGGAAAAAGAGGUACACAAUCGCCUCCGAUAGGUCGAGUGCUUGUGUUUGUAAACCCGAAGUCGGGUUCUGGAAAGAGCUUGGCCACGUUCCGCGAUCGCGUUGAACCUAAGCUGAAGAAGAAUCAUAUCGACUACGAUGUUGUCAUAACUAGUGGCCCAAACCAUGCAAAGUCAGCAAUUCGAUUGCGAGAUGACCUUGGCAAGUACAACGGCAUCAUCAUUCUAUCUGGCGACGGCUUGGUUUUCGAGGUUAGUCACCACACAUGA